UGUUGCAGGAUGGAAGGAUGGAAGGAAAGAAGGUUUGGCUAGUGGCUGGAGAGGGACGGAGGCGAGAGGGUGAUCUCCUCAUCAGAACAGGAGCAGGACCAUGGGAGAUAUGAAGACGCCAGACUUCGAUGAUCUGCUGGCGGCCUUCGACAUCCCUGACAUGGUGGAUCCCAAAGCCGCUAUUGAAUCUGGCCCCCAUGAUGACCAUGACGGACAGCUCAAGCAACCCACUGGUGGUGUGACUACCAAUGAAGACGAGGCCCACAACACUUCAACAGGACAUGACGUUGGAGUUAGUGUUAUUGUCAAAAAUAUCAGAAACACGGACACAAGCGAGCAUGGUGGAUCCGUAUCAGAGAAGGAAGGACAUUUUCAUCCCCAGUCCCAUUCUGUUGCCAUUGGUAAUGGACUUCAUAAUGGCUUUUUGCCAGGUACUCAUACCAAGAAUGGAUGGAAAGCUCCCAGGGAGGAAGGACAGUCAGACAACCAAUCAUCGACUUUCAAUCAGUUCAGCCCCAUUUCAAGUGCUGAAGAGUUUGAUGAUGAUAAAAUUGAGGUAGAUGAUCCAAUGGACAAGCAGGAAGGUCAGUCACUUUUUAGGUCCACUAAGAACGAGGAGCAUAAAUCUCAAUCUCCUAUAUCAGUGGACAAUGAUCCAAACAAGAACACCAAUUGCACUCUGGGAGGAUCUAAGUCUACCGAGCCCCCUCAAUCAAGUUUAUCUGAGGGAAGUCUGAAGGAAACUGUUCUCAAGUCUCAAGAUCAGGAGUGCAGUGAUGUUGAAGGAGCAACCAGGAUUGUUAAUGUAUCCAGUAUGUCUCAAGUCAAAGCCAAGUCCUCUGCAAAACUAUCAUCUUGUAUAGCAGCCAUAGCAGCCCUCAGUGCCAAAAAGGCUAAUGCUACAGACUUGGGUGUUUUGGAUUCCCCUACAACACAGAAAGAAUCCAACCUGACCAAUAAAAACCCCAGAGCUCCAGAGAAGUCACAAGAACAGGAGUCUGCCCUGGAGUUUGCAAAGAGGUUGUUAACACGACAACCAGACAGCCCCUCCAGUGUCAUCAGUGAGGGUAGCAGCAAAGAUUCCCCUGACUCAAGCACAGACACCCCAGUCAUCCCAAAAGUCAGGAUCAAAACAAUCAAGACAUCAUCUGGCCAGAUCAGGCGCACCGUCACCCGAGUUGUACCAGAGUUUGAUCCUGAUGGUCUGAAAAAAGGGGAGAACAGUUUGUCUGUCAUGGCAACCACCAGUGCAAUUUUCUCAUCUCCCACAAGGCCCUCUUUGCCAACUACAGUACUAGCCACCACCGGAGGCCCUUCAAUUGAAAUAACAAAGCAAAUGACCAUUAAACCUGUGGCCACAGCUUUCCUGCCGGUCUCGGCAGUCAAGACAGCUGGUUCCCAAGUCAUCAAUCUGAAGCUAGCUAACAACACCACAGUAAAGGCAACUGUCAUCCCUGCUGCGUCAGUGCAAAGUGCCAGCAGCGCCAUCUUGAAAGCUGCAAAUGCCAUCCAGCAACAGACCGUCAUGGUACCUGCCUCCAGUCUGGCUAAUGCGAAACUUGUGCCAAAGACAGUCCAUCUUAGUAACCUAAACCUUCUGCCUCAAGCUGUAUCCUCUGCUGUCUGUGACCUACAACAGGCCCUGUCCUCCUCUAAACAAUCACAGCAAGUCAAACAGCAGACGAUUCUCGCUGGCCGAGCCUCAAAGAAAGUCUCUAGGAUUCAAGUGUUGACCAACUCUCAAAGUUCUGUAGUGGACGCCUUCAAUAAAGUCCUGAGUAGCAUUAAUCCUGUCCCUGUGUACAUCCCAAAUCUCUCUCCACCAACUUCAGCUUGUAUCUCAUUACCCUCACGUGGCUACAAGUGCCUGGAGUGCGGAGACUCAUUUGCUCUUGAGAGGAGCCUGACACAUCACUAUGAACGUCGCAGUGUGCGGAUCGAGGUCACCUGCAACCACUGUGCCAAAAGCCUAGUGUUCUACAACAAAUGCAGCCUCUUGUCUCAUGCCAGAGGCCACAAGGACAAAGGUGUUGUCAUGCAGUGCUCACAUCUAAUUCUGAAACCCAUCCCUGCAGAUCAGAUGAUAACCACAUCACCUUCACCAGGCCCACCUAACAUUACUGGCACCACCUCCCCAUCCCAAGCACAGGCACCCACUAGUCAAAUCACUGGGAGGGUUGCUGGUGGAGGGUCCCAAAGUACAGUGAUUUCAGCUUCAUGCAGUUCCCCCCUUGUUGCAGCCAUGCCCUUGGAGGAUGAUGCAUCGAAGCUCUGCAGACACAGCCUAAAGUGCUCUGAGUGUAACGAAAUGUUCCCAGAUGACAGCUCGCUAGCUAUGCACUACCAACAAGCACCGGAGUCCAGUGCACAGAAAAUAUGCACCAUCUGCCAAAUGCUUCUCCCGAAUCAGUGCAGCUUUCUGUCACACCAGCGAAUCCACCAGCACAAGUCUCCUUACAUCUGCCCUGAGUGUGGCGCCAGCUGCCGCUCUGUCCACUUCCAAUCACAUGUCACAAAGAACUGCCUGCAUUAUACCCGAAGAGUUGGCUACCGCUGUAUCCACUGCAGUGUGAUCUUCGCUGAUGUUGCAACUGUAAAAUCCCACAUCCAGAGUUCUCACUGUGAGACCUUCUUUAAAUGUCCUCUCUGCCCCAUGGCCUUCAAGUCUGCGCCUGGAACGCACUCUCACGUGAACACACAGCAUCCAGGAAUGAAGGCAGGAGAGCCCAAGAUGAUCUACAAGUGUUCCAUGUGUGAUACAGUGUUCACUUUGCAGUCACUGCUCUAUACGCACUUCGACCAGCACAUCGUCAAUCACAAAGUUUCAGUGUUCAAAUGCCCCGACUGCUCCAUGCACUACGCACAGAAACAGCUCAUGUUGGACCAUAUCAAGGCCAUCCAUGGAACCCUGAAGACCAUCGAGGGUCCACCUAACUUGGGCAUCAACCUCCCUCUCAGCACCAAACCCACUAACUCUAACAGUACCAACAGCAGCAGCCCCAGUAAUAAUAACAACAGCAAUAGCAAAGAUGGAGGAAAUGUCAAUGGUCAAGACAAGGGAGAAAAGAAGCCCUCGCCUACACCCCUAAAGAAAACACACAGCAGCGGCUCAGCGGACCUCAAGACCCCUCCUGGCUCAGGAUACACAUGUGGAGACUGCGGUACUCUCUUCAGCUCAAGGGAGGUCUUUUUGGCUCACAUGAGGCGUGAACAUGGCAAGAUACUGAAGAAACACCCCUGUCGACAGUGCGACAAGUCGUUCAGCUCCUCCCACAGCCUUUGCCGACACAAUCGUCUUAAACACAAAGGAAUGCGAAAGGUCUACACCUGCCCGCACUGUCCAGCUCUCAGCCAGCCGUUCACUAAAAGAGUGCUGCUGGAUCAGCACAUUCAUCUGAUGCAUGGAGUCAAGGACCCAGAGGGGAAGACUGUCAGCUCUGAUCAUACGGAGACUUUGCCUGUCAAAGAAACGACCCUCAGUCCCAAAAGGAAGGCAGAAGAAGAUGAGGGGUCCCCAGGCCUGAUCCCCAGAGGCUCAGAUUCACAGCCACUGAAGAGGCUCAAGGUGAAUAUCCUUAAAAUUCACAAGUGUGCCGUCUGCGGCUUCACCACUGAGGACAUCGCAGCUUUCCAUGAGCACAUUCCCCAGCACAAGUCUGACGGCUCGUCCUACCAGUGUCAGGAGUGCGGCCUGUGCUACACCUCCCACCGCUCGCUGGCCCGACACCUCUUCAUCGUCCAUCGGCUGAAGGAGCCGCAGGGUCUCGGCCGAUACAACGGACGGGGCAAGGACGAUGACGAGAGCCAGAGAGAGAAUCAGCUGGAUGUUUCGGACGGGACGCCAAAUACCAAAUGCAAAGUGUGUGGGAAGACGUUUGAAACGGAGGGAAACCUGAACACUCAUAUGAGGACACAUGGGAUGGCGUUCAUAAAGUCUAAGAGACUGAGUGCAGCCGAGAAGUGACACUUUUAACCCAUUCCAUCUGAAGCAAACACUGUUGUUUUAAAGUUAAUACAGUUUGUUAAAGCGUUGCCGACAACCUUCAGUAUGCUGUAUAUACAUCAUGUAAAUGUAGGGUAAUACAAUGUGUA